AUGGCCAGGCCGAAGAAGCAGGCCACAAUCGAGUCUACCAGCGGUGCGGGCACCGGCGGCAGCAAGUCCUCAAGCACAUCGACAAAGCCCAGGAAGCAGAACGCCAUCGACACCCUUCGCACCGUUGUGCCAACCAUUUUUCAGGAGUCGCAAAAGACAGCGGCCAACCAUCGCAAAAACGCCAUCAUGCUUCGCAAGAUUCAGGAGCAGUGCGCCGAGAUUGCUGGGGAGGAAGGCGAGGAGGCAUUCAACAAGGAAUUCAUUCGGAACUUGAACGUCGUCUUGGCUAUCAAGAAGAAGGAGCCCGCCGCCGACAGGGUGAUCCAGUUCGUGUCCUCCUUUAUUCUCUGCACGCGAGAAAAGGAUAUGAAGGAGGCAACAGAAGACGACGAGGAAGGCGCAGAGGGAAUCUCAUCGCGGUUCGUCGAGUAUCUGAUGCAUCAUUUACUAAAGGGCGUCAGAGUCAAGGAGAAGCAGGUCCGCCUGAGAUCAUGCCAGCUUAUUGCUCUGAGUACCAACUCGCUGGGCGCCAUGGACGAUGAUUUGUAUACACAACUCAAGGACAGCCUGAUGGAGCGAGUCAGGGACAAGGAAGCGGCCGUUCGCGUCCAGGCUGUAUUCGCUUUAUCAAAACUGCAAGGAGGCGGCGAAGAGACCGAGGACAAGAACGAUGACGAUGAUACUGUGGUUCAAAAGCUUUUGGAUCUUAUGCAGUAUGACCCUAGUGCCGAUGUCCGUCGAUCAGCACUCUUCAACAUUGAACAGACAAAGACCACCCUGCCUUUCAUUCUCGAGCGAGCCAGGGACACGGAUGCAUACAACAGGAGAGGUGUCUUCACAAAGCCCAUGGAGGAACUCUCGGAUUUCCGUAUUCUGUCUAUCGACGACAGGGAGAAAUUGCUGCGCUAUGGUCUUUCAGACAGAGAUGAGGGCGUCAAGAAGGCAUGCACGAAAAUGCUUGCCACUAAGUGGAUUCAACAGGCGGACGAUAACCUUCUAGAGUUUUUAGAGCGCCUGGAUGUGAUGGGCAGUAAUGUAGCAGAUGAUGUGCUCAAGGCGUUUUUUGGCUACCGUGCCGAUAUCCUUGGGGGUUUGAUGUUCAACGAUGUAUUCUGGGUAAACUUGACGGUGGAAAGCGCAUUUUUAGUGCGGGCCUUUGCAGAGUUCUGUCGUAGCAAGGACGACGACAUUCAGUUUGAGAAGGCGGUACCGGAGGUGACGCGCCAUGCAUUUUACAUUCAAAAAUACAGCAACAUCAUGCAGGAAGCUGACGAGGACGACCGGCCCGAAGCCGAGUUCAUUGUAACGCAACUCCUAAUGAUUGCCAAGCUACUGGAUUAUGCGGACGAAAAUGGUCGCCGCAAAAUGUUCAAUUUGCUUCGUGAGAUGUUGAUGCUGGACGAUAUCCCCGAUAAGCACCUGGACUGCAUCGUGGAGACAAUGGGAAAGAUUUCGCUUAACGAAAAGGAUUUCACGCGCAUUAUUAUCGAAAUCAUUUCCGAUAUCCGAACCGGAAUUGAUGAGCAGGAGUAUCUUCGGAAUCCCGAAAAAUCUGAUGAUGACGACGACUCCCCUGAUGACCAGACGAUGGAUCUGACAAGCACUCCACGGAAACGAAAGCGCAGCAUAGUAGACAAGACACCAAGCAGAAGAUCUUCGAUUGCAGUAGAAGACAUGGGGCAGAGCACCAGUGAGAUUGAUGCCAUGUUGAUCAGGCUGCGGUGUCUAACGAUCACAAAGUUCAUGCUGGAGCGAAGCACAGAGCCACUCAAGGAGAAUUCGUAUAUGUACGGACUAUUGAACGAAUUGGUGAUCCCCGCACUGGCAAGGCAGGAAGAGGUCAUGCAGGAGCUUGGUCUUCAAUGCUUGGGCCUAAUCUGUGUCCUGGAUCAAAACCUCGCCCAGAACAACUUGGAGCUGUUUCUGACGUGUAUCUUUGCAGAGAACGCAAACGCUCAGAUUCAUGUGCUUUCUCUCAAGAUCGUGUUUGACCUAAUCCUAUCCUAUGGAUUAACAGCCAUGUCCAUUCUUGUCACGGAGGAAAGAAUCAUUCAGGACCUGACUAGGAGCUUGGAGAGUCCUAUACCAACACUGCAGGCUGUUGCCGCGGAGGGCAUCGCCAAGUUGAUGCUCACCAAACUGCUGAAAAAUGCGCAGAUCUUGCGCAAGUUGAUUAUCCUUUACUUUGAUCCCACGACUGCUGGCAACAACCACCUGCGCCAAUGCCUCAACUAUUUUCUGCAGGUUUACUUUCACUCAUCUCACGACAAUCAGGUCACGCUCAGUGAAAUUUUUGUCCCGAUCAUGGUUCAACUUAUUCAGAUGCAGCAGGAGGCAAAAAACGAAAUGCCAGUACCGGCUAUCAUGGCACAGCAGUUGUUGGAGUGGUGUGAGCCCCGCCGUGUAUUAGGAGCUGACGACGAAAAUAUAGCAGCUGAUGGCAAGAUCGAUUUCGGCUUGCAAGCGAAUAUCGCGAUCGAAAUCGUCAAGGUUAUGUUCUCGGAAACGAACAAUAUUCGCAAGCACCUGCCUCUCAUCCUGUACAAGACACGACUGGAUGGGGAUGCAGGCGAGAUUCGCCUGAAAAAGUUAACGCUCCUCAUGGGCAACUUGAAAGCGAAACGUCCUUUUACAGAACCUAUGAGCAAAAAGUACCUGCUCUCGGUUGAGAAGAAUAUCUUGAAGAUGUUUGAGGAUGCACCCCAGUCCCUGGAUGAUGCAGAGUUGAACAAACUGGUAGAACUUACAGAAGAAAUCUCAUUUGUCGACAAGUUUGAAUUGCCAGAAGAACCAGACGAGGUCAUCCCAGCACUCGCGACCACUAGAGGUCGCAGGACUCGGUCCAAGAAGGCCCCAACGAACUCAAAGCUGGCUAAGAUCAUCAAAGAUAUCGAUGCCAUCUUGGAGUCUUCAGAAUCCUCAGAAUCCGCGGAAGAAUGGGAAGCAGAAGAUGACGACGAUGAAGAUGAUUGA